GGCGCUGGCGGCGGCGGAGGCAGCGGGGGGAUCCGGAAGUCAACACCAUGUCGAGUCUGCACAAGAGCCGGAUUGCAGAUUUCCAGGAUGUCCUGAAGGAGCCCACAAUUGCCUUGGAAAAGCUUCAGGAGCUCAGUUUUAGUGGCAUCCCCUGUGAGGGCGGACUGCGGUGCCUCUGCUGGAAGAUUCUCUUGAACUACCUCCCCUUGGAGAGGGCGUCAUGGAGCUCCGUCCUGGCCAAGCAGAGGGAGCUGUAUUCUCAGUUCCUGAGGGAAAUGAUCAUCCAGCCUGGCAUCGCCAAGGCCAACAUGGGUGUAUCCAGGGAGGAUGUGACCUUUGAGGACCAUCCACUCAACCCUAACCCCGACAGCCGGUGGAACACAUACUUCAAGGACAACGAGGUGCUGCUGCAGAUCGACAAAGAUGUCCGAAGGCUGUGCCCAGACAUAUCCUUCUUCCAGAGGGCCACCGAGUACCCCUGCCUCCUCAUCCUGGAUCCGCAGAAUGAGUUCGAGACCCUUCGUAAGCGGGUGGAACAGACGACACUGAAAUCCCAGACGGUGGCCCGGAACCGGAGCGGGGUCACAAAUAUGAGCUCCCCGCACAAGAACGCGGCGCCCUCAUCCGUGAACGAGUAUCAGGUGCUGCCCAACGGCUGUGAGGCCCACUGGGAGGUGGUGGAACGGAUUCUGUUCAUCUACGCCAAGCUCAACCCUGGCAUCGCUUACGUGCAGGGCAUGAAUGAGAUCGUGGGGCCCCUGUACUACACCUUUGCCACCGACCCCAACAGCGAGUGGAAGGAGCACGCUGAGGCGGACACCUUUUUCUGCUUCACCAACCUCAUGGCUGAGAUCCGGGACAACUUCAUCAAGAGCCUUGAUGACUCACAGUGUGGCAUCACCUACAAGAUGGAAAAGGUGUACUCCACCCUGAAGGAUAAGGACAUGGAACUCUACCUGAAACUGCAAGAGCAGAACAUCAAGCCCCAGUUCUUCGCCUUCCGCUGGCUGACACUGCUGCUGUCCCAGGAGUUCUUGCUGCCUGAUGUCAUCCGGAUCUGGGACUCCCUGUUUGCCGACAACAGCCGCUUUGAUUUCCUCCUUCUGGUCUGCUGCGCCAUGCUCAUACUGAUCCGGGAGCACUUGCUGGAAGGGGACUUUACGGUAAACAUGCGGCUCCUGCAGGAUUACCCCAUCACAGACGUCUGCCAGAUCCUACAGAAAGCCAAGGAACUCCAAGACUCCCAGUAGCCUGGCGGCAAGAGGCCCAGGUUUGGGAGAGAAGCCACCGCCGACCCCUGUGCCCUGGCUUCUGGGACGUGCAGGAGCCCGUGGGGUCCCAGCUAGCGGGGCCGCUGCAGGAUCAGCCCGCUCCAGGCCUCUCACCCUGGCCGCUCCCACCGGGGGCCCGCUGGGCCCUGCUCUUCCCAACCACCGAGCCCUGGCUCCUCCCCCCCACUCCACCCCUUCAACCCUGGACCCUUGGCCCAGGCUGCUGAGCAGGGCAGGAGCUUGUGAGGUGGUGUCCUGGGGCUGAGGCAUACGCGGGCUCUGCGGGCAGGCAGGGGCCCCUCCCUGCCUCUGCUCUGCUUCUCUCUUCCUGCUCUCCUGCUCCAUCUUCUGGGCGCUGGUCGGGGAGGUGCUUGGCAAAUGAGCCAGAAACCACUUCCGGAGGUUGGGGCCUGGCCUUCUCCACAGGGAAGGUGACACCGAGAGGCUGCCAGGCCCAGGUCUCACCCUCUGUCUCUUUCCCGUGUGUGAGAGAGAGAGAGUGUGUGUGUGUUGUGUAGUUGUGGGUUAUGUCUUUUAAUCCCCCUCACGUGUGCUUCUCUUUCGUCUGUGUGUGUGUUUCCAUGUGUAUGGAGGGAGGUGACUCCCUCUUGGUCUUUGCUUCUUGUCUGUCUCUGCCUCCGUCUCCCUCUCUCUCCUUCCACCUUUCACUGAGGGUGUGCGGCUCUCACUCUGUCUGCCCCUCUCUCCGUUGCUCGCUCUCUCCCCUCUGUUUGGGUUGCCUUAUCCCCAGCCUCUCCCCCACCCUCCUCGCUAUGCCCAAGAACCCUGGAGACAGAAUGAAGAGUCUGGCUGAGCCAGGCUCCUGGAGGUCAGCCUUGACCUUCGCAGUCUGUUCCCAUCUCCCAGCUCUGGGCUCCCAGGGCCCCCAGUCCACAGUGCCUCACUCGAGGGCCCUGAACCCUUGCCCCACCGCAGGAUUCUUGGAAACCCAGAGUUGCUGAGAAUUAAUAGCCCAUGAAGCUUUGAGCCUCACCCACCUGCCCAGGGAGGGAGGGGGGAGGAGAGGGAGAGCUGGGUCUUCCAGAGGUUCCCCCAAAGGUCCUUCUCUCCCAAAAGAAAAAGGACAUUAAGGUUGGGAUCCAGGUGCUUCUAAGGUGUAGU